AUGGCGGUUUCGGCCGACAUCGAGGACAUUGAUUUAACCACUUUGAAAGAUCCUGCAGGCUAUUUUGAUUUAAUUGAAGUUGUUGGCAAUGGAACCUAUGGACAAGUUUACAAAGGUAAGCACACAAAAACAGGAAAGUUAGCUGCCAUUAAAGUCAUGAAUGUUACAGAGGAUGAAGUGGAAGAAAUUAAACUGGAGAUAAAUGUCUUGAAAAGGUACUCACAUCAUCGUAACAUUGCAACGUAUUACGGGGCCUUUAUAAAAAAGAGUUCCACUGGCAAGGAUGAUCAGUUGUGGCUGGUUAUGGAGUUUUGCGGUGCUGGCUCCAUCACUGAUUUGAUCAGGUCCACCAAAUCUAAUUCUCUUAGGGAAGAAUGGAUAGCCUACUUAUGCCGUGAAAUUCUAAGGGGUCUGGCACACCUGCACAACAAUAAAGUCAUCCAUAGAGAUAUCAAGGGUCAAAAUGUCCUACUGACAGAUGAAGCAGAAGUUAAAUUAGUUGAUUUUGGUGUCAGUGCCCAGCUGGAUAAAACGGUUGGAAGGCGAAACACCUUCAUUGGCACUCCAUAUUGGAUGGCUCCAGAAGUGAUAGCCUGCAAUGAGAAUCCCGACGCUGCUUACGAUCAUAAGAGUGAUCUGUGGUCUUUGGGCAUCACCGCUAUUGAGAUGGCUGAAGGCAAACCACCCCUCUGUGAAAUGCACCCCAUGAGGGCACUAUUCCUCAUCCCUAGAAAUCCCCCACCCAGACUCAAGUCCAAAAAAUGGAGUAAGAAGUUCACUGGCUUCGUUGAGGUCUGCCUGAUAAAGGACCACAUAAGCCGGCCAAACACUGAUCAGCUGCUCCGGCACUCCUUCAUCAAGGACCAACCCAGUGAGAGGCAGUCGAGGAUUCAAUUGAAGGAUCACAUCGAUCGACAUCGCAGGGCUCGGAGAGGGGAGACACACGAGCCAUUGUACGAAUAUGAAGGCAGUGAUAAUGAAGAUGAUGUUAAACCCAAUGGCAAGCUCAACAGCAAUCCGACAGUGCAGCAGAAGGAGUCGACCUUGAGACACAACUUCCAGCGGAUACAAGAAGGUGAAGGUCGCAUACUGAACAGGCCAAGUAAUGAUAAUAACAAUAAUAAUGAUAAUAAUCAAAUUGUUCCACCCUUCGGAAAAAAUGAACCAGUCCAGGCGUCUCCCCCGCGACCACAACAGCCGCCAGUGACGUCAUCAAACACACCACAGAAAGUUAUUGGUAGGCAGAAAGAAUUUGCUGCCAAAAACAAUAACAGACAGCAGCAGCAGCUGUUACAGCAGCAACAACAGCAACAGAAAGAAAACAGCAUGACCAACGUCAACAGCAACAUGCAGCCACCAGUAGUGGCCGAACGUCGUCGCGUGCAAUCGGGAGGAGGGUCACAGCAGGUGCCAGCUGGACAGCCCCUUCGACGACCCAACAAAGAUGACGUCACGCCGCCACUGGCCUCCCAGUCUAACCGCAUAUCUUACCCUAAUCAUCAACAGCUUCAACAACACCAACAACAUCGUCAACAGCAGCAGCAGCAGCUCUCUGGAGUCCUUCCAGAUCUCCUGCCCCCUCAAAUCCCACCCAAGGCAGUUCCGAGGUCGGGCGAGGGCGUGACAAGAACAGAGCGUCCCCUGCCUCCAAUCAUUGUUGGCGAUGAUGAUGCCGAUGAAGUUGUUGGCGGUAGUGGUGGUAGUGGCGGUGGUGGUGGUGGUAACCGCUUGCAGACUGAGAAUUUCGUACCUUACGGUUUCGGCAGUGGCAACGGGGCGGUCAAGGUGAGCUUGACCCCGGCAGCCCAGAACAGCGGGCUAGCAGGGGGGGAGGAUGAGGCACCAGAAAUUAGGAAGUACAAAAAGAAGUUCAAUUCUGAUAUUUUGUGCGCAGCCCUGUGGGGUGUGAAUCUGUUGAUCGGGACUGAGAAUGGCCUCAUGCUACUGGACAGAAGUGGACAAGGAAAAGUCUACCAGUUGAUAUCGAGGCGACGUUUCCAGCAGAUGGAAGUCCUGGAGGGCCAGAACAUCUUGGUCACUGUAUCCGGGAAGAAGAAUAAAAUUAGGGUCUACUAUCUUUCAUGGCUGAAGACUAAGAUACUCAAAACUGAAGGGGGCGAUAAAAAGGCCGGCUUCAUGGUGGUUGGCGACCUCGAGGAAUGCGUCCACUUCAAAAUUGUCAAGUACGAAAGGAUCAAAUUCAUCGUCGUGGCCGUCAAAGAUUCCGUCGAAAUUUAUGCUUGGGCCCCCAAACCUUACCAUAAGUUCAUGGCUUUCAAGGCCUUUCCAUUUCUGCCCGAUGUUCCUCUACUGGUUGACCUGACCAUAGAGGAAGGUCAAAGGUUAAAGGUCAUUUACGGCUCGAAUAGGGGUUUCCAUAAGAUCGAUCUCGAUAGUUCAACUGUUACAGACAUCUACGUUCCUCACCUCACAACAACAACGACCCUGACCCCGCAAGCAAUCGUCAUCCUCCCCUCUGGCAAUGGCAUGAACCUUCUACUCUGUUAUGACAACGAGGGCGUCUACAUAGACACGGACGGUAACCUAACGAAGAAUGUCAUACUCCAAUGGGGUGAAAUGCCCUCCUCGAUAGCCUACAUAAGCACGGGUCAGAUUAUGGGGUGGGGUCAAAAGGCCAUCGAAAUUAGGUCAGCGGAAACGGGUCAUUUGGAUGGGGUCUUUAUGCAUAAGAGGGAUCAGAAAUUGAAAUUUUUGUGUGAGCGGAAUGACAAGGUGUUUUUUACGUCGAUAAAGAGUGGAUCAUCUUGCCAGAUUUACUUCAUGACUCUCAACCAGCUAAUAAUGCAGGGCUUGCAUAACUUAUGA